AUGGGAAUGGAACCCGCUGCAGCAUGGGGACCUUCUUGCGAGUUUCAGCUAGCGAACUGGACCGUUGAAGAACCAGCUGCUGAAGUUUGGGCUCCAGCUGUUGGCCUACCUCUGGAGUAUGCAUCCAGCGACAUAUUUGGUACCUGCUGCAGCCUCCAGGCAUAUGUGCCUGAAUCGAUCGGAGGGCAGCAACUGGUUGAGUACAACUACUCUGCAGCCUCACGACAUAACUGGUCGCCGGAGGCUAUCGUUGUUGAUGGGCAGAAUCGGCAGGAGGUUGUGGAUCAGCAGAAAUUGGAAACAAGGAACGUCGUCUCCAACGACAGUUAUGCUACAAAUGUAUUCAAUCAAGUAGAGCACGCGUUCAAGGUUGAUAUAGACCUGAUGGUAGAGAAGAUGCAUACAUACCCUGCAGGACUUGGAGAUACUAUCGGUGAAAGUUAUACCGUGCCGAGGAUUGUGGCCAUCGGCCCUUACCACCACCACCGAGGCCAUCUCAAGCAGGCGGAGAAGGUGAAGAACAUGGCUGCCAUAUGCUGCAUCAAGGAAUCUGGACACCUAUUGGAGGAGAUGUAUGCCGCGGCCGCCUCCGUAGCGGACAAUGUUCGCUGCCUCUACGACAAGGAUGUCAUGGCAGGUAUCAGCUGUGUAGACUUCCGUGAUAUGAUGUUCAUUGAUGCUUGCUUUCUGGUGCAGUACAUGAGUAUGCGGAGUCGCCAAGAAAUAGAUAAGAGCUUGCACAGUUUCAUCAGCUUUAACCGCAGCAACAUCCAUCAUGACAUCAAGCUGCUUGAGACCCAGCUUCCAUGGAAGGUGGUUGAGGCAGUGAUGAGGUUCAGGCCCGUGCCCUUGUAUCGCUUCAUGGCUGUUUUGAAAGAAUAUCUGCAGGACCGUAAGCCUCCCAAAGAAGAAGAUCCUGUGUCAAUUUUGGAUAAUAGCUACAAACCACCGCAUCUCCUUGGCCUCCUCCGCUACUACACUGUAGGAAGGAGCAGGUACACUUCCCAUCGGACAGUGAAACCCAAGAGCCAAUCAGUUUCCGUCAGUGCACUUGAGCUUGCCAAGAUCGGCAUCACCCUCAGGGCCAACGAGUCAAUGGAGCUCAUAGACAUGGGCCUCAGCCAGGAAGGGACCCUCUUUGCGGAGCUCUCCCUGGCGCCCCUGACUCUGGACCGUGACCGUGCAAGCUACCUCCUCAACAUGGCAGCUCUGGAGCUAUGUAUGGUCAAAAGCUUUUCAAAAGCGCCGGUUGAAGACUCUGCUGUUUGCUCCUACCUCUUGCUCCUGGCCAACUUGGUACACAGGCAUGAGGACGUGCACCAGCUACGGGUGAGUGGUCUCCUGCAGGGAGGAGGGGGCCUCACCGACGAGGAGGCACUCCGCUUCUUCACUAAUCUUCGGAAUAUGCGCCACGGAAGAUGCUACAACCGUGUCAUGGCACAGAUCGAGAUUUACAAGGAGAGCAGGUGGAAGGAGGCCAAGGUCUACGCGUUUUAUUACAAAAACAAGAAAACCAUUGCUGCGGUUGUCACCGGCAUCGGUGCACUUGUUGGGAUCAUAGGGACACUCUUGUCAAUCAAGAAAUCUUUAUGA